AUGCACGAUCACGUUGAUUUUGUUGAGGAAUGCCUUAGGGAGCAUAAUCGGCUUCGCAAAUUACAUAUGGUUGAACCUCUGCGCCAUAGUAUAGCCCUUGAUAAGACUGCUCAAGAAUGGGCUGAAACCCUUCUUCAAAAAGAAGAUGUAGUUAACAGUCCUCUUUCAAAUAGAGGAGAAAUCGGUGAGAGCAUUAGCAAGCGAACUGCCACAACAGACUUGGUGGACAUUUUAGGAGUUGAAUUAACUGCCCAAUGGUACAGUGAUAUUCGGAACUAUGAUUUUGAAUCAGGAACUGGUCCUGCAGGCAAUUUUACGCAGCUGGUUUGGGCCGGAACUAAAGAGGUCGGCUUCGGCAAGGCGCGACGGAAGGGUCAGUGCGUGGUUGUCGCUCAUUAUCGACCACCUGGAAAUGUUAGAGGUCGAUAUAGAAACAAUGUUUUCCCCGCCAUUUCUGAACAAAGCAACAAGGAUUUCAGUCCACCUCGCCAAACCAUUACUAAAAAGACGGUUUCAAAGGACAAAGAGAUGGAUGCUAAUGGGCAAGAACAUGUUGUCUUUCGUGAAGUUUCGGAAACGAAAGACGCAGGCAACAGUGUAUAUCGACGUGUAGUUGAACGUUUUGUGGAUGACAAUGGUGCUCAAGUAUUUGAACAUCGCGAAAAUGCCCUGCCACCGCCUUCAAUCAAACUUACCCCCUCACAACCCUCGAACCAAACUCCCUUGGAGUUCUCUGAAGAAAUGGUUCGAAUUCACAAUAGCUACAGGCGAUUGCAUGGUGCAGCUGAUCUUGUCCUCAAUGCAAGGCUGUGCGCGAUGGCACAAGAGUGGGCGGAAUUUCUGGUGGAGGAAGCUUGUCUCUCCAAUAGCGGCUUCACCGUUGAUGGGGUGCGGUUAGGCGAGAACAUAACCAGUCGUUGGUCUAAUAGGGCGCUAGAGAAAACAGGUCUGAGCUUCUUUCGUCACCUCUUUUUUCAUUAUUGUCAAGUAGAGGUUGAUUACCAGAAGAUGGUGCAAAUUCGCGCAGGCUUUUCCAGUGACGUUGUCGAAACUUGGUAUCAAGAGGCCUCCCGAUUUAAGUACGGGAGUGAACCAGUCAGCAUACAGGGUAUCGGAAACUUCACGCAAAUGAUUUGGGCAUCAUCUCGGAGUUUGGGCGUUGGCAAGGCUACUCGGAUUAUCCAAAAUGAAACUGCGAACGAAGAAGGAGAUGCACCAUUCUCCUCGAAAACCGUCGUCGUCUGCUUUUACUUUCCUCCCGGUAAUGUGGCCUCCUACUUCGGAGAGAACGUCCACCCUCCGCUGCCCGAGCAAAACAAUUCUCCCAUUGGUUCCAGUUCGGCCGAGAAGUGA